AUAAUUACUGUAAUAUUGAACAUCAAACUGGUUUCUUAGCAUUUUCUUUACACAAAGCACAAAUUCAGUGCAUUUUCCUGCCCUCUUUUGAUUUGACAGGAUAUAUCAGCCCUGACUAUCGGCUGUUAUUAAACUAUUUAAACUGAUAAUUUGCCUUUAUGGGCCGAUACUGAUUAUUGGCCGAUAUAUCAGUGCAUAUGUGUGUGUGUGUGUGUGUGUGUGUGUGUGUAAGUGUGCCUUGAUAUAGGCCCUAAGUGUAAUUUAACUCAAAUGGCAACAGCAUCUUGGUAUUAGAUCAAAAUCUAAUAAAAUAUUGAAUUAAUUUAUCAUUUAACACCAUUGUUUCUUUUUCAACAUAUAGCAGUAAAAUGGUGUUGUUUUGUGGUAUUCUGUUGAAAGACUCACUGGAUUGUAUGUAUCUGUGUUUGUUUUUAUUCAAAAUAUUGUAUAUUUAAUAAUAUAUCAUAUUUUAAAAUUACUAAAACAGUAUUUAUUUUUUUACACCUAAUGAUAAAAAAGUCCUUUCUCUCCAUGUUUCUCUGCUGUAGUGAUUUGUGUGUGCACGCGUGCGCUGCUCAUUGCGUCUCCACGCGUACGCACGCGUGCCUGACCGGUACCGGAGCGCGAGGAGGGGUGUGCCCGUGCUUGUGUGUGAAAAACAGGCGCAUGCGCUCCACGAGACCUAAGACAAGGACGGGGAGCGUCAGACCGCAGCGGCUGCAGAUUUUUCCCGUCAGCCGGGGGGGAGAGAGAGGCGGCCAGGAGGUGGAGAGGACAGCAGGGAGAGAUGGGAGUACUGUAAUCCCGGGGGAGGGAUGGACGGACGGAUUGAUUCAACGCACAGAACCACGGAGAUUCUCACUUGACCCCACAUCAUCCACCGUAUUCCGUUCGGAAGCGCGAGGAACGACUCUGUGAUGGCAAGUGAAUUACGGGCGCGCGUCCAUCUGAAGUGAUGAGACAGAAGCGCGCGGCUGGAUCCGUCUGUCAGGUUGUAUAAUGGAGAGCUCCAAUGGCUCCGACACCAAACCGCAGAGCCAUCAUCCUCAUCCUCAGGUGGAGAAGAAGAGGUUAAACCGCGCGCCGUCCCCUGCCAGACCCGUCCUGAAGGAUGUCCACUCGCGAACGGCCAAACCGAUCGUGCCAAAAUCCCCCAAAUUCAACAAGCAGCAAUCGUCCGCCGCGCCGGUGACGCCUCAGAGCCGCGUUCCGAGACGCACCGUCCCGGGCGCGAAGGACAAAUCCGCAUCAGCACCUGCAAAAAGCAACAUCAAACCCUCAGCGACAAAAAAGGCCGUUAAGGUCACUCAGCAUGCAGCAUCCGAACCGAAACCGGCGUGCAAAGCGGUUGAUACCGCCGCUCCGCAGAUCCCCAAGAGCAAGGGGAGGCUGGCUCCGAUACGCGUGCCCACCGGACGCGGCGUCUGUCAGACGGACAGCAGCUCGGAUUUGUCCGACUGUCCCUCUGAGCCGUUGUCCGACGAGCAAAGACUCGUUCAGGCCGCCAGUAGCGAUGCGGAGUCAGGCAGCGGCUCCGGUUCGAGCGAGCAGGCGGCCGGGGUUCGCGUGCGCGCGCUGGCGCUCGGAGCGGGAGGAUCUCAGGCUGCACCUGCGCCCGGUGCGCACGCGGAUAAAUGCAAAGCGGAUAAAGACGCACAAUUCAAAACGGAGGGCAAGGAAAUGGCCCAGGAGGAACUGCUGAGGGAAAUCGAAGACCUUCGAUCGGAAAAUGACUACCUCAAGGAUGAAGUGGACGAGUUGCGAGCAGAGAUGGAGGAGAUCAGGGACAGUUACCUGGAGGAGGAGGUGUACCAGCUCCAGGAACUACGCAGGGAACUGGACCGCUCCAACAAGAACUGCCGGAUCCUUCAGUAUCGCCUGCGCAAGGCAGAACAGAAGAGUCUGCGUGUAGCUCAGACCGGACACGUCGACGGAGAGCUUCUACGUGGUCUGGAGCAGGACCUAAAGGUGGCCAAAGAUGUAUCUGUGCGUCUGCACAAUGAACUGGAAACAGUGGAAGACAAACGUACGCGGGCGGAAGAUGAAAACGAGCUGCUCAGGCAAAAGAUCAUCGAGGUGGAGAUCUCCAAACAGGCCAUGCAGAAUGAGCUCGAGAGAGCUAAAGAGACUGCUCUGCGGAGGAGAGGCAGUAGAGAAACUUUCAAAGAUAAGAAGUCUAUAACUCAGGAGGACAGUGCAGAUCUGCGCUGUCAGCUACAGUUUGCCAAGGAGGAAUCGGCCCUUAUGCGUAAAAAGAUGGCAAAACUUGGCCGUGAGAAGGAUGAAGUGGAACAGGAAUUGCAGAAGUAUAAAUCAGUAUAUGGCGAUGUGGACAGCCCUUUGCCCCUGGCGGAGGUGACCGGUGGAGGACCCCACACCACCCGGGAAGCCGAGUUGCGGUUACGGCUCAAACUGGUGGAAGAGGAAGCCAACAUCCUGGGGAGGAAGAUUGUAGAGCUGGAGGUGGAGAACCGUGGCCUUAGGGCGGAAAACGAAGACCUACGCUGCCAAUAUGAGAGGGACUGCUUUGGGCGCGAACCCUUCUCAAGUGUCCCUACCUCACCGUAUGGUGGCGAUGCCCUGGAAUCUGCAAGCGAAUUGCGACGGCACUUGCAAUUUGUUGAAGAGGAGGCAGAGCUGCUGCGUCGCUCCAUUUCUGAGAUUGAGGACCACAACAAACAACUGACGUCUGAGCUCAACCGCUUCAAAUUCGGGCUCAGCCAAGCCGACCGGGAGUCAGAGGGAGCUGAGGGUGGAAGUGGUGGUGCGCUCAAACCUGGUAACGGAGGUUUUUCUGGAGCUGGGAGUGGCGCCACACUCCAGGAGGAGCUGAAAGCCGCAAGACUCCAGGUCAAUGAGCUAAGUGGGAAGGUGAUGAAGCUGCAGUACGAGAACCGGGUGCUGAUCUCGAAUAUGCAGCGCUGCGACCUGGCAGCACACUUGGGAAUGCGCACCAGUAGCCCACGGGAUAGCGACGUGGAUAGUGAUGCUGGGCGAAGGGAACCAGAUGAGGACGAGACUGCCAGGCUUUUGCUGCUCCACCCCAAACGCGAGGGUCCUGUUGGUGGUGAGAGUGACUCUGAGGACUUGUUUGAGAAGACGGGCACCUCUGGAUUCGCCAGUGGCGAGAAACCCUCAGAUACCGGUGAGCUGGGAGUGGCCGAGUUGGCCCAGCGGAGACGGGAAGACAGAGAGACACUCAACAACGUCAGACGCGAAGCUGAGCGGCUUGGAAAAACGGUGGAGCGGCUCAUUACGGAUACGGACAGUCUGAUCCGCGAAGGUCGUCUGGUAGUCCUGGGAGGGGACCUUCUUGUGGAGGGUUCAGAGUUCAGGGGCGAUGGAGACUCUGCUGAAUCUAAACCCGAUUCUCAGGUGCUGGAUUCCAUCAACACCCGCAUGAGGGCUUUCCGUAUGGAACUCCAGCAAUUCAUGGACAAAGUGGACCACCUAGGGGAGGGUCUACGGGACCGUGUCGAUGACCUGUCCCCCAUGCCCAACCUCACUGAAUCUAGCAGCUUCCUUUCCUCCGUUACCUCCAUGUCAAGGGACUCGCCCAUCGGCACACUGGGAAGGGAUCUGGUGACGGACUUCCAGUACGGGCGAAGGGAGGAGCAGGAGUGGUGCCUAGACCGGCAGAGUGGCACGGAGGGCGCCGCUAAGGGGUCCGCCACAGCCAGGGGAGCCCCUGGACUCAGUAGAUACGCCAGGCCACACAGUUUCAGACCCGAGUGCUGGGAUUUUGAAACUGGUGUUCUGUGUUCUGCUGGGGUCCAGUUUCGUGAGCCGGCUCUACCCGAGAUGGGAACGCCUACCAGAGAGAUACAACUACGCCUGGACCAUGACAGGAGGAUGAGAGCUGGACAAGAGGAGAGAGACAGCUUCACUUCAUCCAUCACUCAGGAGGAGGAGAGGAGGCGUGCAGAGGCACGACGAGGCCUCGAGCUGCAGGGACUUCAAUCUCAUGAACCAACAUGGCCGCAGGAAAGAGUCCUGCUGCAACAGGAAGUGAGGUUGUUCCGCCACAAUAUGGUGAUUGUCUACAUGAAGCUGCGCUGGAUCCUUAUGCACUGGAGGCUCGGCCGCAGGACAGACGGCGUGGAUGAGGGCGCACAUGCUGAGUACGAUCGAUUGGAGAACAUUCCAGAACUGGGCAUUAUGAUCGACCAGGGUGAUGGAGAGAUGGGAAGGGAAGACAAAGUGUGUACCCAAAUCUCAGGAAGUGACCUCACAGACCCCGGCCCCCUCCUGCUGUCUCCAGAGAGAUUCCAGCCCCAGAAACAGGCAGGUGACAGUCUUCGUGUGCUACACGCCCUGCGCUCUCUACUGGAGGAGUUCAGGGCGGAGCUACGUGAGGAGGCGCAGCGGCGCUGGCAGCUGCAGCAGACACUAGCCAAUGAGAGAGCGGCGUGGGAGAUUCAGCGGGCUGAAAUGAGGAGUCAUGUCACCAAGCUGCAGGAUGUCAGAGGUGAGUCAGCAGGCGCAGAUGAAGGUGCAGUUGCUGCAGAUGUGGUUCAACAAGAACGGGAGGAGCAGCGCCGUCUACUGGCAGACAGUCACAGCACAGCACUGGAGCUGCGCUGGAAACUGCAGCAUGGAGAAAAGCGCUGGACCCGGGAGCGGAAUGAACUACUGGAGCGGUUCGAGAAAGAGAGGCAGGAAUGGGACCGCAGCUUACGGGACAUGCACCACAAGAUGGAAAAGAUACAGAAAGACAUUCUACAGUCAGCAGAAGGAGGUGCAGCGCAUGUCUUCUCCCCUCAGGAGAGCCCCUGUAAGGCUCCUAGAUCUCCGCGUUCACCCUGCACAGCUGCACACAUGCGCUCUCACUCCGACUCAGAGGCCACACUGGAGGAGAAGGGGGCGGUGGGCAGAUCCAGACCCUGUGAGGGACACAGGCCCCCAGAGAGCCUGUUUCUGGAUGCCCUCUCCCUUGACCCCUUGAGCGAGGCUGAGGUGCCCCCUCCAUCACGUCUGGACAGCGAAAAGAGGUUCCCCCACCUGAAUGAAGCACUGAAUGAGAUUUCUGAGAUUGUGGAUCCUGCCAUUUACCCUGAGGAAGAGAAGAGCAGCGGCAGCCUACUCAGGGCGAAGUCAGUUUGCUCCAUGAGCGACUUCCAGCGUUUAAUGGACAGCUCCCCCUUCUUACCAGAUAAGGGCAAACCUGGCGAGCAUGGGCGGGACGAUGUGACUCCUCCCCUUUCACCGGAUGACCUCAAAUACAUUGAGGAGUUUAAUAGUAAGGGUUGGGAUCUGCCCACCAGUUCCCUGGCAACUUGUCCCAUUCCUGGCCCAGUAAUCCCCUCUCCGGUGAUGGAGGCCUGGGCAGAGAGGACAGAAUCCCGAAGGGCCGAGUCUACUUCAGAAGCAUUCCAGCCAGCCUCCUGGUUCCUGACCACCAGCGCUACCUUGACCACCAACACCAUGAGUAGCCCCGAGUACUGCCAAAAGCUCCCGCUCAGGGCGACCCAAGGUGGAGACCCGUUUGGGGUGCAUGUUCUCCACAGUCCCACUCGAGGGGAGCGGUCAGCUCCAGGCACCUCCGAGCAGGAGUACAUGUUCUCCAAAGUGACUAACGUAAAGGCAGGGGAGGUAGUAGGAGGUGCAGAGGAGGUGUUUGGAGGAAGGUGGCCGUGUGAGCUUAGGAGUCAUUUGGAGGCAGGACUUAGGCCUGGAGAACAUCCAUCAAUUUGCGCUGCAGUCGGGUUUACUUCGUCAUUAGAGCUGGAGCUGUCUCGCAAUCUGAGUGACGACAUGAAGGAAAAGGCGUUUUCUGCCCGGAAUGCUAUCCGAUCGUCUGCAUCUGGAUCCAGCCCUCCAGAAAGGCAGCUACGGGACAUGGCGUGCCAGACGAAUGGUUUAACCACGCGGGGGACGCAGACCACCCAGACCAUUAGCGUGGGACUGCAAACGGAGGCUCUUCGCACCAUCACAAGCAGCCCUCACCGCUGUCUAACACCCAAAGGAGGCUCCACACCCAUCUCAUCCCCUUCUAGGAGCCUGAGGAAGAUGCAGUACUCUCCAGUCGUACAGGCCAAGUUUGAACGCCCGUGCUGUUCUCCGAAAUACGGCUCUCCCAAGCUCCAACGGAAACCCUCUAAUGCUGGCAAAGCAGAACAACCUGUCGGCCAGGCCCGUGCUCCCACACCAACAACCACUGCCCAGCAGCCAAAAGGCAACAACGAAUCCGCUUGGGCUCGUUCCACGACAACUAGAGACAGUCCCGUUCACACCACCAUCAACGACGGCCUCUCCAGCCUCUUCAACAUCAUCGACCACACGCCCGUCGGUUACGACGCCAUGCAGAAGUUCAACAAGUCCCCUAGCCGCUCUCGCCCCACUGAAGCAGGGCCAACAGACCCCAAAUCUCCUGGUGUUUGUGCUGCACAGGGGCCUUUAAGGAACUCUCGGGGCCGGUCCCCAAGCCCUGUGCAGCUCAUUGUAGAGACGCAGGGUGAGAAAACUCCAGAGGGGAUUAGCAUCAGACAGGACCUGUCCGCUCCUCCGGGCUACACAUUAGCGGAGAACGCUGCACGAAUCUUGAAUAAGAAACUACUGGAGCAGAGCUUCAGAGAGGAGAGGAGGCUUUCUGCUUCAUCUGCAGCUGCUCCGAACAGAACCGGAGACACUGAGAAACCUGGAUGUCUUGAGGACUUGCCACGUUCGCCAGUGGCUCCACCUCUGGACUCCUGCUUCCUGCGUCCGGCUCGUCCUGCCAACCGCCGACCUCCGUCCCGCUGGGCCGCCCACUCGCCAUCAUCCUCACCCAACUACAAGGAGCGCACAGAGAGGUUCCGCUUCCCCUCGCCCGUCAGACCGGUUCACACCAUCCCGGAGAUAGAGGAGCCCGGUCAGGAGCUUUCCCCGCACCCUUAACCAGCCUAAACUACAUCCUUUUGCACUUUCUUUUAACCAACCUGUUUACCACAACCCCUUUUAGUUGUCACGUGUGAAUAUGAAUUGAAUAGACCCACAGAGUUUAGAAGGCAUUCUCGUUUCACUUCUGAAAUGCCCCAAAAAAAAAGCAAAAUCCCUGUUUUAUGCUUUCACUUUCCUUUACCAUCCCCGUUUCCAGCCUGAACACACGUACGCACACCGCCGGAGCGACGGAACCAUCGAGAACCUUUCUAAGAACCACUGAACUGCCACUAGAGGGCAGAGUUCUGUGAGCACCAGCUGAACUGAACCAUUCGGAAAACCUUCUAGAACUUCCGCUUUGGAAUUAUCACGGACCUGGAAUGUACUGACGCAAAACACCGCAAAGUGUUCCAUAAGAGGUGCCUACACACACGUGACCUCGCUACGGUCCUGUACUCGUGUGUGUGUCAAUGUACAUGUAUGCAAUACAUAUGACUUUAUAUGUGUUGGUCGUAAAACAUUGAACUUCUUUUCAGAUGUUCUGAAAAUAUAACUGGAUAGUAAUAAUAUUUGUCAGAACAGCAUAAAAGUUUACAUGUAUUUACGUUCUGUUUUUUUUUUUUUUGGUUCUCUAUUUCGGAGGGUUAAAUAUCAUUUGUUAAUUUAUGUUCUGUGUAUAUAGUUUACAAAACUAUUUUCUUAUUUUCCUCGUACAUCCCAUUUUGUUGGAAACCUUUGAUGCUUGAAUUUAAAAAGACUCAGUUGUAUUUGUAAAGAGAAUUAGAUCAAAUCUAAAGGAGAAAAU